CCACUCGCCCGAAUAGCUCCCCCGACAUGACGCCGUAUCCUGAUCGCACGGGGCGCUGCCCAGCAGGCCAUGUACCGGUGCAGAACGACGUUCCCAUCGUUCCCAAUGGGUGUGGGCGUCCAGGUGGAUUCCCGGUUGAUGACUGGAUUGUUCUUGAUUGUUGCAACGGCCACGACAACUGCUACUCGACGUGCAGCAAGAGCAAGAACACGUGCGACGAUGAGUUCCACUCCUGUAUGAAGGCCCGGUGUGCUGAGGUGCAUGCGGACAGUCAGAUGGACGAGAAUUUCUGCCUCGUGCGAGCGCAAACAUACGCAACUACUGUAGUGAUUCUUGGACAGGGCGGUUUCGACACCGGCACGGAGAAGCACUGUAAUUGCCAGGCGCAGUGGGACCCAAUCGUAUAGAAG